AUGACAUCCGUCCUCCUCGUCGGCGUCGGCGUCGCCGCAGCCGCCUUCUUCGGUCGCGCCGGCCUCGUAGCCCUCCGCCGCCAUCGCGGCGGCGUGAACGCGCUCGGUAAAGCCUUCUACAAGGGCGGGUUUGAGCCCAAGAUCAACCGGAGGGAAGCUGCUCUGAUCCUCGAAGUCUCGGAACGCGGCGUAACCAAAGAAAUUAUCCGCAAGCGGCACCGCCAGCUCAUGCUGCUGAACCAUCCGGAUAGGGGCGGGAGUCCGUAUCUGGCGACGAAGAUCAAUGAGGCGAAGGAGAUGUUGGAGAAGAGUUGA